AUGAUACAAGAUUCUGCAGCUGUUACGCAGCUGACGGUUAGCGUUGCCAACAAGUUGAGCAGCAAGAAGGCGGUGAUAGUGCACUGUCAAUCCGCCGACGACGACCUCCACGGUCACGCCGUCGUCGCCGAUUCUCCUUACAGUUGGAGCUUCGGGGCGAGCAUUGGUGCAGGGACGGUUUUCUGGUGCCGGCUGGCGUUUCAAGACAAGCGUCUUGGCUUCACGGCGUAUAACGUAAAUGAUAGGUAUUACGUUACGGACCACGAAGUGUACGAUGAUGGGGUUUAUGGGAACUACGUUGGUACUGCGAAACGAAUUCAAAUCGCUGAAUGGCACUGA